AUGCCGUUUCCAUUCGUGGUUUCCACCACAUCCGCCAUCUCAUUCCAUUCCAAUGUGACCUCAACCACGCAUCCCUCAUUCCCGUUGACAACUUCAUCGCAAAGAGCAAUCCUUCGAGCAGCAUUGAAAAGUCAUAAGCGGCUUCCGCCGAGUGAUCAGGCAAUAAAUCUCAACAAUCUCCUCUCUACCACUCACAACUAUCUCAGAUAUCUUCUUGCACUUGACCUUGCUCUGAGUGGAAGACCAGUUGCGGGAGAGGAAGUGGAUGUCGCUUUGGUGAAAGAAGUGGAGGUUGGAUGGCGUCCCACCUUGAUUUCGAGUGCUAUCCCAGGGCGUGACAAUGAUCGUGUCAAAGGAAAGGGCCUCGACUAUGAGAUAUACUUUGUUCACCACACCCUGGCAUUGAUCCACAAUCUUCUUGCUCGUCAAUCACUAUUAGGACUGUAUGCAGCCACUGUGCCAACCACAGAGCAGCGAACAUCUUUUAUCCAAAAUGCAACCAAAUCUCUUAAAACGGCUCAUGCCAUUCACACGUAUCUCAUUCAGCGAGCGAAUUCAUCAAGUGAAGGACCCCCGGCUUUCCCCCCCAACGCCAUUGAUGUAUCAGUGCCUGUUCAGUCAGCUUUACAGCACCUUGCUCAUGCAGAAUUCAACCUCCUCUGUGUAUUGAAAGAUGAUCCCUACCCUGCUUUACUGGUACAAUCACGGAAUAAAGAUGAUAAAGAAUGGAUGAUCAAGGCUCCUCAAAUACCCAAAGUGCGUGCCCAGGUUUUGACAAGACUAUGUAUUGGUGCUGCAGAACACGCCACAGCAGCCAAUGCUUCAUUGAAAGUGGAAGGAUCCAAAGUCUCCAAAGAUUUCAUGGACUAUUGCGAUGGCAUCUACAGAGCUUCUCGUGCGAAAGCCUGUCGUUUUCAGGCAUUGGACGAAGAUCUUGCCGGAAAGACUGGCACGGGUAUCGCAUGGCUCAGAGCUGCUUUGAAUGAACUGGGUGCUGAAAUCAGGAAAGACGGUUCAAAAUCAUCAGGGCUGGGCCGGCUGAAAGCCUCCUGGACUGAAAGGAGAGAAGAUAAAAGAAUCGAGAAGGGAAGCCCGAAUUGGGGUUUGGACGGUGGAAAGCUCGAAGAAGGUCGCAUAGUGGAGCAUCUCGAGCGCAAGAUGGCAAAAGAGAAUGACACAAUCAACGUUCAGAUCAUUCCAGAAUGGAGGCCUCUGUUGGCAACUCUCCCUAGUGGAAUGAACAUGCCGAUUGAUGAAAAGUGGAAGCCUUCACUUCUGGAAGAGGAUGAGCUGGCUGCAAUGAGGGCUCCUCCUGAGGCCGAUGACCUAGUCGAUGCUGCGAGUUCUGAGGACGAAGGCGGCUCGAAACAGCCCGUGGGAGCAUUUCCAGGCACGCAUCGGGAUUAUGAUGGACAGGAUAGGGGAUAUUAUUGA